CAUUUUCUUUACUAUUUCACAAUUAUUUCUUUCAUUCCAUUUUCCUUCCCUCUCGUAAACACACUCAUUCCUCUCUCCCUACGCCAAAAAAAUCAUACAUAAAUUGGAAAAAAUCUUGUUUCCUUUCCUAAUCCAAUCGAUCUCCCAACUCUAUUUGCAUAGCAGUUAAUCUGUACGCCGGAAAGUUCGGGGUGCAACUGGAGAUGCAGUUUUCCGCCCGGUGAAUUGUCGCCGGAGAUCGCUGUCAGAUCUGUAUGUCCCUCCGCGUGAAUUACACUGUUACAUCGAUGAAAGAAAGUAACUGUGCGGUUCUCAGAUGAGAAGAACUGAUGUUAUUUGCAGUAGAAGGAGGAGGGUUUUUCUCUUCUUCAGCUUCCGGGUACAGUAAGGGCCUGACCCUUCUUUUAUUGGGUCAGAAAAACGAAGAGAAACCCAUGAGAGUGACGCCGUGGAAUCAGUACCAGUUGGUGGACCAAGAGACUGAUCCUGAUCUCCAGCUGGCUUCUGCGAAGAACCGGCCUGUCCGCGGGUGCGCUUCCUUUGCGUGUUUUGGUCGCGCUGCCGCUGGACUUGAGAGCCCAUCUCCUCUGAAAGUGGGACCAACACAAACUCGAGAAGUUCAGCCGGGGCCUCCAGUCUUUGAUGAGAGUAAGGAUCCAAAAACCUCACCUGGUUGUGUUGAUGAUGGUGAUCGUAGUAAGAGGAUAGUUAGUCUUAGGAGUAGCUUGAAGAAAACAAAUAGUGCUCCAAUUGCUUCCACUGGCAGCAGGGGUGGUGAUAGAAAGCCCGAGCAUGAAACAUCAUGCGAAAAAAGCAAUGAUGUUGCUUGUCAAACGCAGAGGAGGAAAGUGCAGUGGACAGAUACAACUGGGGGCGACCUUUUUGAGAUUCGGGAAUUUGAGAUGAGUGAAGUUGGCUCGGACGACGAUUUUGACCAUGUGAGCGAGAGGACUUGUGCAUGUAGGAUAAUGUAGUCUGAGCAUUUCCUGGCCUUCUAUGGCCCGAUUUCUGUCAGGCAACCUACCAGGUGUUGCUUGAAAAUGCGAGUGGCUUGAACAUCACUUAGCUCUCCUGUUGCGUGAUGGAUAAAGCAAAGUUUGAGGCGAAGCAAGAUACCUUCCUUGGCUGAUUGAUUUAUUGUCUAUAUUCUGGCUUGCGUUCCAAUUUUGUUGCAUUGGGCUUAUCUUUUCUCUAGUUGCUAUUCAUGUUUGGCAAUGACACUGCCUCUUGUUUCUAGUUCGUUAUUUAAAUUUGGAGAAUUCUCCAUUUCUUCUGCUGAGAGGACAAAUGAGGGAGAAACUCUUAUUUUGUAUUCUGUAGUUGUCAAUAUGAAAUAGAAUUAUUUGAAAGCCGUGUAAAUUUAAUGUAUUAAAGUAUUUCUGCUGGAGCGGUAUUCCCUA